AGCCUAAUAACUGCUUGUUAGCUAGUUGAUAACACGAGAUUUAAGCAUGUCUAACGGUUGAUUUAGCACCCUUUGUCUACCAGAGAUGACAAGUUAGCUGUUAGCUGUUAGUAAGCUUAUGUUAGUUGUGUAUUAGCAUGCUAAGGCACUAGCAAAACACAAUACUAUAGCUUUCUGAUUUAUUUACAUUUCACACAAGUUGCAUACUGUGUGCAAAAUGCAGCUUUAGCUUAAUUUACAGACUUAUCACUUGUUUACUAUAAAGACAUCUUAAUGACAGCCAUGCUCCACCCUCAGCCUUUAGCCAUCUUGCUAUCAUGAACCAGGCAGCCUUUUUGACUCAUCGGAGCACCGGGGAGCUGUGGGUGUAAUGCCGGUAACCGCGAGGUCCCUGUUCCGCCGUCGGAGCGCUCUCUCCGUGUUUCAACAGUAGAGACGCGGUGAGUGAACAAGAGGACAGGAGCUCUAUGUUAAAGGACUGCACCUUGGAGAAAAGUGGCUGCCCGGAGCCCGUAACCAUGCGGGUCCUGUUGAGCGUCCUGUACCCCGUCCUCUCCCUCACCAUCUUCGGAUUAUACCCCUCUAUGACUAUCGGCCCAAAGGAGGGCUGGCAGGUGUACAGCUCGGCCCAGGAUGCUGAUGGGCGCUGUGUCUGCACCGUGGUGGCACCGGAACAGAGUCUGUGCUCCAGAGAUGCCAAGAGCAGACAGCUCCGCCAGCUACUAGAGAAGGUGCAGAACAUGUCUCAGUCCAUUGAGGUGCUGAACCUGCGGACUCAGAGGGAUUUCCAAUAUGUCAUGAAGAUGGAAAACCAGAUGAAGGGCCUGAGGACCAAGUUCAGACAGAUUGAGGAUGACAGGAAAUCCAUCAUAGCCAGAAACUUCCAGGAGCUUAAGGACAAGAUGGACGAGCUGAAGCCGUUGAUCCCUGUACUGGAGCAGUACAAGAUGGAUGCUGCGCUCAUUUCCCAGUUCAAGGAGGAGAUCAGGAACCUCUCAGCAGUGCUGACAGGCAUCCAGGAGGAGGUUGGGGCCUUUGACUACGAUGAGCUCUAUCAGCGAGUCCUGCGACUGGACAGCCGGCUCCGCAGCUGUAUGGGCAAACUAACAUGUGGGAAAUUAAUGAAAAUCACUGGACCUGUUACAAUAAAGACAUCUGGAACCCGGUUUGGGGCAUGGAUGACUGAUCCUCUAGCAUCGACCAGAAACAACAGGGUUUGGUAUAUGGACAGUUACACUAACAGCAAGAUUGUGCGCGAGUACAAGACGAUGGACGACUUUGUAGCAGGGGUGGUUUCCCGAACCUACAACCUCCCAUUUAAAUGGGAGGGAACCAAUCACAUUGUCUACAAUGGAUCCCUUUACUACAACAAGUACCAGAGCAACAUAAUUGUCAAGUACAGCUUCGAAACAGGCAGCGUGUUGGCCCAGCGAGCUUUGGAGUUCGCCGGCUUCCACAACAUGUACCCAUACACAUGGGGGGGUUUCUCCGACAUCGACAUCAUGGCUGACGAACUGGGAAUGUGGGCUGUGUACGCGACCAAUCAAAAUGCUGGAAAUGUCGUCAUCUCCCAGAUUGACCCUGACACCCUCCAGGUCACGAAGACUUGGAACACUGAAUACUCCAAAAGGAAUGCGGGCGAAUCAUUCAUGAUCUGUGGGACGCUCUAUAUCACUAACUCUCACCUGUCCGGAGCGAAGGUUUACUACGCUUACUCUACGAAGACUUCAAGUUACGAGUACAUAGACAUUCCUUUCCACAACCAGUACUUUCAUAUCUCCAUGCUUGACUACAACGCCAGAGAGAGAGCACUGUACGCCUGGAAUAACGGACACCAGGUAAUAUUUAAUGUCACCCUCUUUCAUGUCAUAAAAACUGAUGAUGACUCUUAAACAUGAUACUUUUCCCACCAAAACUAAAGCACCAUCGUUUGUGAUAUAAAAAAGGACCUCCUAAUUAACCCUGUUUUCUUCUGUCAAAAGUGGACUAUGGUAUCUUUAAUUGCCACCAGAACUUUUCUAAUUCGUGGCUCUGGCUGAAUUGAGCAUGGAUACCAAUGACUUGAUACUUUACUGAAAACCAUGUUCUACAUUUUUUACUCCUUUCCAUUGCUGCUGAUCAGACUGUUAUGCCUUAUUUGCUAUGUGUUGGGUCUGCCAACCAAAGACUGUCAAAAGCUUUUGCAUGAAUGUCCACAUUUUGUCUGCAGUGAUUUCCUAUGAUACAGUGUUUUUGUUGCAAAUCUGUAUUGCUUACAGUGUUUGCAUUUGUGUCUAUUUAAAAGUCUAUUUAAAAGUAUUGAAACCUUAAAGGUAACCUUUCCUGCAUAUUUGCCACCAUGUUAAGCUAUCUGAUUAUAAAAUAUAGUAGCCAUUCGUUUAAAGAUGGGCCUGUAAAAUAUUGCUGUUACGGAUGUAUCUGUGGAAUUUGUAUUUUUUAUAAAAGAAAACCAUAAAAGUAUAUCUGUGCAUUUUCAUGAAAAUUAAAAUAUUGUACAUUUCAUUAAAAUGGUUUUGGCUGGUAAAAUGUAUAUCAGCCAUGAUCUGAUGGAAAAACA